ACAGACGUUUCGACACGUUAGCGCGUGCGUGGAUUUCAGUGCGAUGUUCACGAGUCGUAUGUUUACAUAUUAUGCACGACUGAAGUAACGAUACGAGAUAGGGACUCAUUUCGACUGUAUGUGUUGUGAUUAGUGGGUCGAUGAACUGUAGACCGAUUAGAUGUCUAAACUAAGGUUAGAUAAAUAAGCGUUGCUAUGACGAUGCUUGCGAUGGCUCGAGGGUCAGAGGAGAGACGGGACGACGAUGUGGAAAAUGAAGGAGAAGCCAACGGCGAGGUUGACGUCGUUGGUGUGGAGGAAGCCGCGCCGGUUGACUUGACCAGGCGUUUGGGGUUAACAAGACCCCCUGAGAGACCAGCUAUAGCGUUCUCCGUGGAGAAUAUUCUAGAUCCAACGAAAUUCACGGGAAGGACCGAAGUUCCGAUGAGAUACGAUGAAACGUAUUGGAGGCCGCAUUACGAUAGAGAUGACAGUGACUCUGUCAAAGACCACCUCCAACAUUCGGACCUCGAGGCUGAUGACGUCGAAACAGAUGAUCAAACUUCCAACAUGGAUGACGACAUUCUCACUCAGUCAGAUCUGGAUGAAAAUGGUGACCCUAAAAGCCCAAGUUCUAGUUCUAAAAAGGGGAAAAGUUCCCGAGAUUCCAAGGGAGGAACUAAGCCAAGAAGAGCACGAACGGCAUUCACGUAUGAACAGCUGGUGUCUUUGGAGAAUAAAUUCAAGACCACCAGAUAUUUGUCCGUGUGCGAGCGACUGAACCUUGCUUUGAGUCUCAGCUUGACGGAAACACAGGUCAAAAUCUGGUUCCAAAACCGUCGCACGAAAUGGAAAAAGCAGAACCCUGGGAUGGAUGUCAACAGUCCGACCGUACCGCCACCUUCAGCUGGUGGUUUUGCGUCUGGUCCUUAUCCUGGAGGUCUGCUAUACCCCCACGGAGUACCAUACCCCUUCACAGGACCUGGCCCGUAUGCUCCCUACUUCCAUCAUCUAGCGGCGAACCAUCAUCACUCGCAUGGAUCUUUAGGUCACUCUCACACGUGAUUAUGGUCACGACCUGGGUCUGAUCACCCGAGGGUCGAUAAAGAUAAUGAAAGUGGACUGUCUAAUUAGCAGUGCUUGUCUGUCUGGUACUUACUGUUUUGAUGGUCUGAUAGAGGCAGAUUUGUAAAUGUAGACUUGGUUAGAACAUGUGAAUUUGUUGUAUCUACGCAUUCUUCUUCUAUCGUUUUCAAUUAGAAUUUCGUUGCAAAUUCUAACUCAAUCAACGCUAUUAUUUGCAGUAUUUUAAAAGAACUUUAUUUUAUCAUAUAUAACGUUGGUCAUUCAACGAUUACAAUGAUUUGGAUUUUAUAUAUUUAUAAGGUACCUACUUAGAAUUGACCUUCCAUAGAAUUUUAAAAACUGACCAUUUUCUUCGACGACUACAAAAGUUACUCUACUUGUUUAUAUUUUUAUGAGCACUGUGUAUAUUGUAGAAUAUGUGGUCGUACAUUAG